UUUUUAAAGUCCAGUCCAGUAAUUUAAAAACGAGCCGUUGAUAUAUUUAUAUUAAUUCUAUAGUCUUGUAGCUUACUAAAUUCAUCUACCUUAUUGUAAAAUUUUAACUACGCUUUAAUUAUAUUAGCUUAAAGUUAUGUAGUACUUCCUUAUAACUUAAAAUUAGUUAUUCUUCUAGUUUAUGUGCUAAUAUUUGAGUGUAGAAGAGAGAAAGUUAUAUUUUAUCGAAUAAAUCGUGCUUCACAGUUAUUUUACGCUUCAUCCGUAGAAGAAUUAAAAGACUGAAAACUAAACUGCAACUCGUAUCGGUUCUUAUUGUUUAAGGUUCAUUAGGUAUACGCAGACACCACCCUUUUUUAUAAAGUAUUCGUUUUAUUUCGUACCGCGUGACUCUCGACCUCCCGAGAUCGUCCACACCAAAGUUAAUUGCAAUCACGGCGUGUAUCUAAUUACCAAAACUGGCUAAGAUUGGCAUACAUCCAACACCAGAAAGAGAAAACUCAGCUAACUAGGUUUCCGGGACUUUUAAAAACUCACGAAGUAGACCAUAAGUUAGGUCACGAUCAAACUCUGUUUUACUUAGAAUACAUGCAUUGUUAUCCGGGAAUCUUUAAACUCCGUCUUCUCUAAGAAAUACGCAAUAGAUACAUUAAAUAAUUAGUAUAUUCGUACUAAAAUGAUCGAUACCACGAACGACCCUCGUAACACAAUUCUGAAAAGAUAAAUCGAGUGCCUUCCCGUGUUAAAACCGAAAUGCAAGUAGAAAAAGUGCAAGAGCGGUCCUAAUUGUCCUCCGAUGAAUUCACUUUCAACAGUUCUAGUUAAUUCUCUUACUCCCUCCAACCAUUCGCUCUUAUUUGUUAAAAUUUAUACUUUAAAGCUGCAAAUUUCGAUAGUGAGUAGUGCCGUAUAGUCUGGCAGACACAUAAAACGCAUUAUUGAAGACCAACGAGAUAUGGAAUGUUGGCACAAUUCCAACUCUCUUCGGCCUUUUCGGUUGGAAUAACAAAGCGAUCGGUUAUUGUUGCAUUAGUAUCUUCUGGAAUUUUCGUUCAUAAAUACGCUACUAGUGUAUUUCUAACAAUACAUAAAAUCCCUUAACAAUUACAUUGCUUUCAGCCAUUCGUGUUGCAUAAAUCUGUCAAAUUCCUAAUUAGGUUGGUGGUAGUUUAUACGAAGUUUUACGUAAUUAUUAUGCUUAUAAAUUAGCAUCUUUAAGUGAUACAAAAACUAAAUAAGUGUUUCCACUACGGCAUUUCUUUUCUUUACGUUUUAAUCUCAUUGAUACCGCAAAAGAAGUUUUUGCUGGCUCAAAAGUUCAAAUUUACUAUAUUUAGAUAGAUUAAAACGUCUAUUUUUCGAUACCAAUAAAAAUAAAAGAAAUAAAUAUUUAUAUUUUAAACGAAAUCUUAUCUAAUCUCUUAUAUUAUUACAGAAGAAUUACUUCCAAAAUCCUCUUUUCGAUAUCGAUAAGAUAGCAAUGAUUUAAUAACCUUUUAAAUAUUCUAAAAAUAGUUUUAUCUUUGAUACAACUGAAAUAAUGUUUUUAAAAAAAGAGAGAGAAAACGGGACGAAAUUUGAGUUUAAAUACGUAAAACAAUUAGUUUGCUCCUAUUAUUUAAUUUUAAUUUAAAAUAAGACCUAUUUUUUAAUUCACCUUAAAGAAAAAUGAGUCGCUUAGAAAAGAAUAGAAGAACUCUUCAAAGUCUGGUCUCUUUGAAUAGAUGAAUUUGUUAGUUCUUCAGAACAAGCAGCAAUUCUGCCAAAAAUAAUGCAGAUUGAAAUCUCAGUCAUGGCGAUGUUCUGUUGACUAAAGUGAAAACAAUGUGUGGCCUCAAUCAGUUCAGACUGGAAUGUUUUAAUUAUUUUUCUUCCUAUGACUAUAUCCGACAUUUUAGUUUAUUCCUAACGUCCUUCCAUCCCCUUCUGUAAUCUGCAGGGUCGUUUUAUAUUUAUAAUUUUCGGUUAUUUCAGAAAAAUGUCUGUCUUUUUAUUGUUUUCAAUACGAGCUUCGUGCGCCAUUCUGUAAACAGAACAAAUUAAUUGUUUUUCCACACUACAGAAUAGUGCUUAAAAACUUUAAAAAAUAUUUUUAAUCUAUAAAAAUGUCUGUAAUCAUCUACUCCAGGCGAAAAUUCUCUAUAGAAAACACGGGAUGUUCUAGUAAUACGUGUGCACGUACAGCAUAUUCUGUGACUUAAAAGUGACUAUAUACUAAAGUAAACCGCUUUCUUACACAUAAAGGCUUUUGAAUCACCUCGUAGAAUCAUUUUACGUUUACACGCUUAAUGAUUUCAACGUGUCGAAUUCACUAAAAUGAAUUUAUAAUCUCAACAUCGGCGAAUUUAAACGGGGGCUUUAAAAAUUCGAUAUAAAUAAGUUAAAAGAUAAAGAUUGUAUUUACGAAGGAAUGUAAUCUUUUAUUUAUUUAACGACACAAAUUCUAAUAAUAUUUACAUUAUAUCUCGUUUAAACGUUUAUUUUCUCUUACGAAACGUUUUAAAAAAUAAAUAAAUUCGUUUGAAUUAUAUUUAAUUAGAGGAAAGAUAAUUUUCUUUUAAUAUGAAAUUUAUCUCUAUAUUUUCCUUUGAGAUUCUUAGCCGUUGCAUCACUGUUUAUUUUCUAAGAUCUUCAUUCACUCGUUUGACUUGUUCACCUUUAUAUAGGCCUGCAUGUAUUAUUAUUAUUAUUUUUAUUAAGUAACAAUUUUCCCUUCGGGAAUUUUUCCAUCUUAUCUAUUGUUUUUUUUUUCCUUAACAUUUUAUAAAAUUUGAUUUCUUACAUUUUGAAAUGAAUUAACAUAUCUCUUCCGGACGGGGCCACGCUUACACGUAAGCUCAACGAGGUUACAGCUUAAGGCCUAACGAUUACGCACGUAGAAGGUGAAGGGCCCGUCGUAUGUUAUAAUUUAGGGCCGCAACGUGCCUAAUUAUUACUCUGUUUUCUAGAAAAUUUUCUGGGAAACAAAGCAGGCAAGAAAUUGCUUAUUUACUGAUAGAUUACGAAGGAAAACAAAAUAAAGUGUAAUUUAUUAAGUUACAUAUCUGAAUGUAAAUAAUGUUACGGAAUGUCUCCACGACGGGAAUUAAUUUUCGAAAAACGAAAGAAAGAAAAAACAAUUGGAUAGUAGUUUCAUUCACUAUUGUUCAACUCCCGCCAUCUGUUGAGUGAUUUAUGAAUUUCCAACUUUGUAUCGAUCGUAAAACACACUACACACGAUGAUUGGUAAUUCCUGUGUAGCAAAAAAUGUAUAAGACUGUAGGCUUUGAAGUACCGAUAAUAUAUGACCCCUCCGUAUAAAUUUAACGUAGUUAUAUCUUUAUCAAUUUCUGUUUGUAUUCAAACCGGUAUAGGGGAUUAUUUCAAAUUUUAUAUACUAUAAAAGCCUAUUUUCCACUACAUUAUGUAGGAAAAAAAUUAACGUGGAGGGUUUGUUUUGCACGGUUUAUUUAUUCGAAAUGAUAUAUUUAAUCAAAAAUGUGAAGUAUUUGGAUUGACUACUAUAGCCUUACACGUCAUGUUACUAAGUGGAACUGCUAGGAUUUUUCUAGAACACUUGACUCACCGGCAACCGAGAUAGAAUAGGGAUCCCUAUCAAGCCGUGUGACGUCAUAAAAUAUACGUAGGUAGGACAGGUCGAUGUCUUUGUGACGACCAACAAAUAAGGUCGUAUACCGUACAGAAGUCGGGCGAAAAGAGGAGGAUUAACGCCGUGUCCGUUGAAAAUGGUUAGAUUUCCUACGGUGUCGUUGCGUAAAGUACGAAGUUAGCACGUGGUUACUUUUACCUGCCCGUUAUCGAUGUGACUGAGUAGAGGCCGAGUCACGUACAGUAGUGUUGUGUCAGCGACAUGGAGGAGGAAGAGAGCGAAAGUAAGAUAUCUGACUUCCCGUCAGAUCCCACUCUUUCUCAAAAAUCAAUGUCGGCCAACGGAGAUUUGUCAACAAUGUCCACGGUGGGUGAAAAUUUCUCAAAGAAAUCCGCCACACUACUUAACAAAAUGAACAGUAGUUCAUCGUCGAUGAUGACGACAUCCGCAUUUAGCUCCAGUGCCGAAAAAUUAACGUCUACCUCUUCAUCUACCUCACAGAUGGUGAAGAGUACUGCCACAGCUUCCAGCACUAGUAGUUCACUAGUUAGCAAGAAAUCUCAAAUUCUACAUUCGGUUUCUAGCCAAGAAUUAAAGCAACAGCAACACGAAAAUAGAAAUUUCAGCAGGAGUGUCAGUGUGACGAGUAGCAGCAGUAGCAGCAGCUCCAGUACGGAUUCUCGAAUGAAAAUGCUAUCGAGUACACAAAGAGCCUUUUCUGCCGAAAACGUGCUAGCCGAAGAAAGUGAACCGAACGAUUUAGUCCCACAGGAGGUAAAGUUCGAACAGAAGAAAACGACAUCCGCAUCGAAAAUGAAGGUAACUGCCGAUGGAUUUUCGGCUGCCAAAAUGGCGGCGAGUAAAGAAGAACUGAGAAGAGUACAGACCGGAGAUAUAAGCUACGAAGAAAAGCACGCAGCGGCAGCCAUGAAAGAAAAAGUAGAAGGGAACGGAUUCUCAUCCGAGAAAAUAGCCGCCUUGAGACAAGAUCAGAAACAAUUACGAACUAGCGAUACCGUCCAACAGCAACAACGAGUGGCCAUGGCUUCCGCUAUGAAAAUGUCGACGGAAGAUUUCACGUCGGAAAAGAUAGCAAUGGCUAAACAAGAAGAAUUGCACGUCAUGUCGAAAGGUGUGGUGCAACAAGAAAAGAACGUGUCGUCGUCAUCUUCGGCUAGAAUCACCAUCACUUCCAAAGGCAUAACUAAGUCGUCUAUGUCGAGUCAAUGUCUUCAUCAAGCCGAAUUUGGUAGCCUUUCAUCUUCGGCCGUAGGCAUGUCUUCAUCCUUAUCUUGUCCCGGUCUCGAUCCUUUCGAACUGCCAGCUUCGCAUAGAUUAGCAAUCGCGCAAGGUCUGGAAGAAGAUCUGCAGAUUUUGAGUUCGCCGGCUUCCCAGCCAGAGAUCGAAUUAGCUAUGAAUCGCUUUGGAGGGAGAAUGACGACUUGCGUGGAAAAAUUAAAAAUUGCACCACCGGAAGAGGCCACCGCACUUCUCAAGACGAUGAACGACAUCAUAAGAAAAGCUUGGGCUGUACCGACUUUCGGUCACGAUUUGGGUUUCAACAUGUGUAAUAUAUUGAGGAACAAAGGAGGACUGGACAUUUUAAUUCAGAAUUGCACGUCCGAAAAUGCGGAUCUUCAGUUUUCCAGUGCCCAGUUAUUAGAACAAUGCCUUAGCACAGAAAACAGAGCUUACGUUUCCGAUAACGGCCUAGAACAAGUGGUGAAAGUUGCAUGCGCUUGCAGCAUGCAGAAUUCUUUAAUACAUUCUAGAGUCGGAACAGGUAUCUUAGAAAACAUGUUUAAACAUUCUGAAGCAACAUGCAGUGAUGUCAUUCGUAUGGGAGGACUAAAAGCCAUCUUGUACGAUUGCAGAACGUGUGAUCUAGAAACGCUACGCCACUGCGCUGCUGCUCUGGCUAAUUUAUCUUUAUACGGGGGUUCCGAAAACCAGCAAGCAAUGAUUAAACACAAAGUUCCUGUUUGGUUAUUUCCGUUAGCCUUUAACAACGACGAUAAUAUUAAAUAUUACGCCUGUUUAGCAAUCACAGCUCUAGUCGCCAAUAAAGAAAUCGAAGCUGCCGUUCUUAGAUCUGGUACCUUAGAUCUGGUAGACCCUUUUGUAAUGAGCCACAAUCCGGAAGAAUUUGCCAAUAGUACAGUAGCCCACGUACACGGACAAUCGAAAAAUUGGCUUUUGCGGUUGGUUCCUGUACUCAAUAGCAAGAGAGAAGAAGCUAGAAGUUUAGCUGCCUUUCAUUUUGCUAUGGAAGCUGGGAUCAAGAAAAAACAAGGAAAUACAGCCAUAUUUCACGAAAUAGGCGCAAUCGACGUAUUGAAAAAAGUUGCCAGUUCUCCAAAUGCAAUUGCAUCAAAAUAUGCGGCGCAAGCUUUGCAACUAAUAGGGGAAGAGGUACCUCAUAAAUUAUCUCAGCAAGUUCCCUUGUGGACGGUGGAAGACGUUAGAGAAUGGGUAAAACAGAUUGGUUUCUCUCAAUAUUGUCAAGAAUUUACGAACGGAAGAGUGGAUGGAGAUCUUUUGUUGCAAUUGACAGAAUGCAUGUUAAAAGAUGACAUUGGCAUUAAAAAUGGGAUUCUCAGGAAGAGAUUUUUGCGCGAACUCAAUCAACUGAAGAGAAUGGCCGAUUAUACGUCUUGCGAUUCGACUAAUUUAAACCAAAUAUUACACUCGUUGGGACCAGAAUUUUGUCAAUAUACUUACGGGAUGCUUCACAGCGGAGUACAGAGAGAUACUUUAAAAUAUUUAAGCGAAGAACAAUUAGCGAUUGAUUGCGGAAUGGACAAUAGCAUUCACAGGCUGAGGGUUGUCCAAGCAAUUAGAGGUUUAGCCCAACAGAGUGAAAAUGGAGAAGAGGAAGAUGUGUGUAAUAAAAGCUUAGAUGUAUUUAUUAGUUACAGGAGAUCUAAUGGCUCUCAAUUAGCUAGUCUUCUCAAAGUGCACCUUCAACUAAAAGGAUUUUCAGUCUUCAUCGACGUGGAACGAUUAGAAGCAGGAAAAUUCGAUAACAAUCUCUUAAAUAGUAUUAGACAAGCAAAGCAUUUUUUAUUAGUAUUAACACCCAAUGCUUUGGAUAGGUGUAUAAAUGAUAAUGAUUGCAAGGACUGGGUUCAUAAGGAAAUUGUAGAAGCUUUACAGAGUCAGUGUAAUAUAAUUCCUAUACUUGAUAAUUUUCAAUGGCCGGAAGCGGAAACUCUACCGGAAGAUAUGCGAGCGGUCUGCUACUUUAAUGGUGUCAGAUGGAUUCACGAUUACCAAGAUGCCUGUGUCGACAAACUAGAAAGAUUCAUGAGAGGAGAGAUGAACGUGCGAAGCGACGGUCCGCUGGGACGCUAUGUGGGAAUGGGCGGCCCGGGCACCCCGGGAACGCCGAGCACCACACUGGGCAGACUUCCCCACUACCAUCGCAGUGCCAGUAACGACAGUGCCAAGGGCAGCACGUGCUCCGAUAAGGAAAUUAAUGGAAAUGGACGAUCUCUCGAUGGUUCCCAUUAGUAUUUCCUUAAUUUCGUAAGAGAGCGCGGGAUUUCGCAACUGCGGAAUGUGAUAAAAUAUUUGAGAACUCAUAUGAUCUCAAAAAUAUAGUAUAUUUAAUGGUUAUCCACGUCGAUGCGCUUUAAUUAAAAAUGAAAUACUAUUUUGUAAGUGUUGUCGGGAAAACAAUUAUAGACCACGUCAUUUUUUCCUAUGGCAGUAGUUAAAAUUAGACACGGCCCGAUCGUGACACGGAUUGCCACACGAAAAAGUCCGAAUGCGCCGCAAUGACGUCGUCUAUAAAUCAAAGGAAUGUACUCCCCCGACAAAACUUAUGCCCGCCGUAACUUUUCAAGGCGCAGGCGCCUUGCAUUUAUUUUUUACACAAUUUCAUUGUUUGUGUGAAACGUUAGCCUGCAUGAUUAAAAAUUUAUAAUCAGUUUAGUAGAAAAAUGGUUUAGGUUAUAUUUUGCGUGUAAAGAAAGUUACAUGAAAUUUUGCUUGAAUUAUCGAAUACUUUAUUUUCAUUGUUUAAAACAAAACUGGAAAAAAAAAGGCAUCUGGCAUGCAAUAAGUCUGAAUUAAAGUAAUUCAUAAUAAGCAAUAAUUUACAUAAUUUUGUUUUUUUAAUUGCAAAAUCAUGGACUGUUUCAUGUAAAACAAAACUAUAGUCAAAUUCAUUAUAACUCAUGGAGAACCAUAAAUACAUUACCAAUGAGUUUGAAUGCUUAAAAUAUUUCUAAAGCUAAAAUUUUAUUUUUAUAUCAAAGUUCAACAAAGGAAACUGCACUAAAUUCAACCAAUUAUGUCAAUUAUAUUUUAUAACAAAAUCUAAUUUGUCCGUUAAUUUCCAAAAUUUUAAUAUGAAACUUUUAAAAAGCCAUGAUCUACGUAAGAUUAAUUAUUAGCUUUUCAGGUGUAAUUGUCAAAUGUGCGAUAAAUUUUAAUUAUUGACUAAAAAAUAUUAAAAAAAAAAAAAUUUCCAAUUUGAAAUUACUGCACAAUAAAUGUUUAAAGAGAACGUUUGCUAAAAAUGCCUAUUUAAAUACAUUGUAGAGUAUUAUAUUUCUCGAACUACCGGAAAACGUUACAAGAUAUUUGUAAGCAUGAGCAAAAUUUCAAUACUUUUACGUGCAAUGUUUUUGUUUGCACAAGUCAUAGAAUGAUUUUGUAAAUAAAAUAUUUUACUUUUA